UCCCGUGGCAGAGGGAAAAGGCGCUCCGGGGCGGUGGCGGCGUCCGUCUUCCAGUCUCCCUGCGAUCUCAAUGGUCACAAUCUGGACUGAAGCUUGACACCCGGACCUGACAGGACAGGACUGCAAUCCAUUUCUGUGACAACAGAGGCGGCUUUGGCAGGGGAAUUGAAGAGCGCAAUGGAGGGUGACGCCAUGAGAACCAAUCAGGUUCCAGAGGACCAGGGGGAAAUGGAUGAUAGCUCAGAGAAGACCCCCAGCAAAGCCUCCAAAUCCCCACAGAAAAGCACCAAGCGGCCGAAGACCGUCCCUGUCAAAGUCACCCUGCUUGACGGCUCAGACUAUGAGGCUGGAGUCGAGAAAUUUGCCAGGGGCCAGACCCUGCUGGACAUGGUGUGUGGCCAUCUGAACCUGCUGGAGAGAGACUACUUUGGCCUGACUUUCCAGGACACGGACAACGCCAAGCAUUGGUUGGAUCCCUCCAAAGAGAUUAAGAAGCAAAUUCGGGUUGGUUCCUGGAUCUUUGGAUUUUCUGUCAAAUUCUACCCUCCAGACCCAUCUGUGCUCAUUGAAGACAUCACCAGGUACUACCUGUGCCUGCAGCUGAGGGACGACAUCCUAUCCGGUCGUCUGCCCUGCUCGUUCGUCACCCACGCCCUCCUGGGCUCCUACACAGUCCAGGCCGAACUGGGAGACUACGAGGCGGAGGAACAUGGCCCCGACUACGUCAACGACUUUCGCUUUGCGCCCAACCAGACACGUGAGCUGGAGGAGAGAGUGAUGGAGCUGCAUCGGAACUACAGGGGAAUGAGUCCAGCAGAGGCAGAGGUGAACUUUCUAGAAAAUGCCAAGAAGCUUUCAAUGUAUGGAGUGGACCUGCAUCAUGCAAAGGUAAAUAAAGGAGAUAUCUGUGGACACACUUGUGUCCGAGGUUUUCUGAGGCUCAAUAUCUUCUGUUUACACCAGGAUUCAGAAGGAAUUGACAUAAUGCUUGGUGUGAGCGCCAACGGUUUGCUAAUCUACCGAGACCGCCUAAGGAUCAACCGAUUUGCCUGGCCAAAAAUCCUCAAGAUCUCCUACAAGAGAAGCAACUUCUACAUCAAAAUCCGCCCAGGAGAGUACGAACAGUUUGAGAGCACCAUAGGCUUCAAGCUGCCCAACCAUCGGGCUUCGAAGCGAUUGUGGAAGGUCUGCAUUGAGCACCAUACCUUCUUCAGGUUGGUUUCCCCGGAGCCACCUCCCAAGGGCUUCCUGGUGAUUGGCUCCAAGUUCCGCUACAGCGGGCGGACACAAGCCCAGACCAGACAGGCCAGCGCUCUGAUUGACAGGCCUGCACCUCAGUUCGAGCGGUCCGUUAGCAAGAGGUACAUGCUGCCCCGAAGCAUUGAUGGAGCCUCAGCUCUGGGCUACAGUAUGGACCAGCUGUCCCAGCGAAGCUCCAGUGAACGCACACAGUUCAUGUCCAGAGAAGACCUGGACCAGGAGGGCAGCCUGGACCUGGACCACGAUCAGUACCACUAUCAAGACCAAGACCAGGACCAGUUCACAGAUCAGGAGCUGGAGCAGUACGAUGGCCAGGAUCAAGACCAUGUUCACAAGCAAACUUGGGAUUCUCACCACAUCCCGACUCCAACCAAGACUUUGGAGCUCAAGGGUGAGGAGGAAGGCUCGCCUGUAGAUUCAAAACCAGAGGAUCUGGCCACCCCUCGGCCCAAACAGGAGCAGUUCCUGGAUAAGCCAGAAGAUGUUAUACAAAAGCAUCAGGCCAGCAUCAAUGAGCUGAAGAGGGCUUUGAGGCAGCCCAACAGCAAAAUGGCACAGAGGGAGAAACGCCUCUCCUCAGCCACGCCGCCUGGAGGAACCCCUGAACGCAAACCAGCGACCACUGAUGCCAAAUUGAUUGACAAGCAAGAUGCUUAUGAAGGAGAACUGGAUGCUUUCUCUAAAGUGGAAAAGAAUAGGACCUCUACAGUGGGUAGAGACACUGUAACACCUUGGACUGAUGCAAAGAUGAACAGCUGUCAAACAGCCAGGGACUCCUUAAAAACUCGACCUGGAACCUCUCCAAAACAGGAAACAGACUAUACAGCAGCAGGACUAACGGAUAUGAACAACGGGAAUGAAACGGUAGCAACUAACGGCCAUUACGGCCAUUCUGUAUUAGCGAGGAUUCAAGAAAAUGGAUAUGGAUCUCAACAUGACAAACAGGAGAGUGCAAUGAUUAACAGAGAUUUGAGACAUUGUCAGUACGAGCACAGCAUUCAUCGAGAGAGACCAAAGAACUUUGAGGCUCCGAUGGGUGCGGAUUCAUUCCCGAAAGGCAACGGAGGCAGGAUUGAGAAUGACGCAAGGCAUUGCGAGAAAAUAAAAGAGCCGAGCCCUGUGGGAGCGCAAGAUUGUAACAAAACAAGCAACUCACACUCUGAAGUCACCAAAAUAGUUCCUCUCAAACCACAGAGAUCAAAGAAGUCUUUGAAUAAGGAGAACACAGGUGUUGUAAACCCUCAAACUCGGUCUGAUAGAGGCGUCUUCGGCGUGACUGGGGACACGCAGAUGACAAAAUCAAAAGAUGGAUCCUGUGAGGCAGGAAGGAGAGUGGAUGCUAGUGCUGCGCUGCAGUUUGCCACAGAUGUUGUCAAGGAAAACACAGGGACCACCAAGAACCACAGCGAGCCUGCAAUGUCCUAUCAACAGCAGAGUCUACCACAUCACCAGAUUAGGAGCGAGUUGUUUGGACAGCAGGAGCUCAGAGACUGCAGAGGCACAGCGGGACAAAGUCUGUGGACAAGAGGAGGACAUGAGGACCAUUUUCAAAAUAAUUCAGAGUUUAAAGAGAGUCUCCUGUCAGGCUCCAAGUUUCCAACAGCUCCUCCUCGAACCCUCCCUCUGAAAACGCAGUGGAGCCGAGACAGACAGAGCAACGUGGAAAGCAGCCACAUCCACUACAGGACGCCCGGCCAAGAAACAGCCAAGAGGAAGCAAGCGGAUACACCUCCAACACCUGCUAUUCAUGAGGAACCUCUCAACGAAGCCUCAAGGGAACCGUGGGAGAGACGUCUAGGCUCUGUCUCCGAGGACGACCAGGACCACGACAUCUUGUACUUGAAGGAGACACACCUGGGCAUCGAGCGCAAGUGUUCCAGCAUCACGGUCAGCUCCACCUCCAGCCUGGAGGCCGAAGUGGAUUUCACCGUCCUCACAGACCUGCACACGGGCAUGGAGGAGUUCUCCAGGGGCAUGACAGAGCUGGGGGAGAGGGAAUUGUCACCUGAUGUGGGUUUGUGCUUCGGCAUGGACUUGCUCCAGCACCAGGUUCCAUCUGAACAGCCUCCUCCUUUGGUGUCCGCUGCUCCUCUGUCCAGAGGAGCCAGCAGCAGCCCUCCGGCCAAACAUGUCCAGGCUGAGGAAGUCCGACCAGAGGUCAAACGUGACGUGCAGCCUGUAGUUCCCAAAAAACCAAAGAGGUCGGUUCCGCCAUCAUCGUCAGUGGACAGAGAUCACAGAGAAUCUGGUCGCUCUGCCGCCGUCACACCGCUGAGCAGGGAGGCCAGUGAUGUCAUGCCCACGCCGACGGUGAGGAAGACGGACGUCAGGACGGAGACUCAGCCCAACGGGUCAGAGGUCACCACGACCAUCGUGGAGUUCACAGAUCAGGAUCACAGUAUCACCGGCCUGAGUGACGUUUCUUACUCUUCGAGACAGAGUGUUUCCCCUGUGCAUAUGAGCAGUUUUGGCAGAGAGGCGUCAGGGUCGCCCAUCCUUGUCACUGAAAAUGUUACCUCGGCAACCACUCACGUCACAAAGACGGUGAAAGGAGGAUAUUCAGAGACAAGGAUCGAGAAGAGGAUCAUAAUCACUGGAGACGAUGAUGUAGACCAGGAGCAGGCUCUGGCUAUUGCGAUACAGGAAGCGAAGCAGCAGCAUCCAGACAUGCAGGUGACCAAGGCAGUUGUUGUCAGGGAAACAGAAUCAUCCACUGAGGAUCGUCACGGAGCUUCAGAGUCUUGAUUUCCUGAGACGGGAGCGCCCCCCUUUGGACCCGAAGUGUCAGUGCCCGACCUGAAAUUGCCACCCACCAUCCCUGCUGAAAGACUACUGCCAGUGGCGCUCAAAGGAGCCUCUUGUACACAUUAACAUACACACAAAAGCUGAAACAAGACUCCUUUGAAAUCCUUAGGUUUUAUAUUUAUUCCAACAUCUCACUAUGAAAUCAUUCAUGUUCAGCAGAGUGUACGGCAGUGAUGCAAAAAAAUAGAAAAAGCUCACUCAUGGUCCUUGAUUGGUCGACAAUAUGGCACCAGAAUUCCAAACAUCUGGAACAAUUACAGAGCUCCAAAUUCCAGCUAAAUUCCCUGCAAACUACUCAGGGCCUCGAUAUUCAAAACCAUUUCAGUAUUCCUCAAAGGUCAAAGGGAUUCACACUGUGGAAUAAUCCAAGGCUGUGUGCCAAGUUGGUACCCAUCCCAUGAAGUAAAACAAAAACAAAAAUUCCUGCACCUGUGAGAGUCUUUUCCAUGUCUGUGCUGCUGUAAUGAAUAAGAAGAAAUCAUCAGAUUCCUGCUGUGUGUGCUGAAAAAAACCUAGAAAACUACUAUGUGUGUGCUUAAAUGAUUAAAAAUAAUCCACUACAUGUAGCUCCAGUACUGUUAGAGCAUCCCGUGAAGCAGGGUUUAGUAAGAGCAGAGCAAAUCCUCCUUUUACUUUUCACUCUUGCAUAGUCGGCCUAAAGAACAAAUGAGCUUUGUCCCGCCUCCGUCGCACUGACUGAUGAGGACGCACUGAGCAGAACGGCUCACGUAGAGCCAACACGCUCCUCCGGUGGUGUUUAUUCAAAGUCGGAGCUAGUCUGAUCACUAUACUUCCCUCUAAUUGUCUCACCUUAAAGAUUUCACUUUGAAAAUGUGUUUGACCAUGAUGUGCGAGUUCCUGCAUCAUGAUGGACUUUGAUUGGACUAUUGUAGAGAAUUACUGCAUAUGUGUCUGGACAUUAAUUAAAACACAGUGUACCCGUUGUAUUUAUUCUAAUGGUGGCCAUGUAGUUUCUGAGCAUGCUGGUGUUUCAGAAUGAGCCCAGUUUCUGUCCUUACCCAGCCUUUAGAUAUGCUUUCACGAUUCAGCUGGAUAUAAAACGCCACUUUUGUGUAGUCAGUACUUAGAGUAGGGUCACACCCUUGUUAAAGUCACAGAACGGGCUGCUGCAUCAGUAAAACUAGUAUUUGAGAUAAUGUUUGCAUGAUAGUUUCUUGCAUUAUUGGAUUGUAAUUGAGUAAUCUGGAUACUAACUCGUAAGAAGGAUGGAUCACGAUGAAGAUAAACAGGCAGAGUCUUUCACAAUCUGAAGUCGAAUCUGAACUCUGAUAAUUAAAAAAGGAAAUUAAGCUUCCCGACAGGAAAUGAAGAGUAUUCAUUUAAAACAGUGGGAAAUAUCAAGCACACAAAAUAUUCAGUUCAUUUAUUCCCAAAAUCCAAUUGUAAAGUAGCAUACGCUGAAAUUAACAGCAGCUCCAAACAAUGUUAUUUUUCUUUCUUUUACCAGAUAUAUUGCAUUAUUUGUGAAUUUUGUCACACUCAAAUUUUGUGAAAAUACACAGACUCCCAUAAAGUUGGAAUAAUAAUUUUUUUUUGGACACAAUCCAGUAAAUUGUAGUUUUGUUUUCAGAUUGAUUAAUAAAGUUUGGAGAAGAUAUACACUUUAUCUGCCAAUAAUAAAUCAUGUUGUUGCAAUCAUUUCAUGGAAAGAGGUAAAAAAAAUAUUUUAUUCCAACUUUAUGGGUGACGGUGUAUAUGACGUCUAGACGCUAAGUUGUAGAUUUAAUAUUGAAAUUUAACAAUGGAAUUAUGUUUAGUAUGUGGUUUUUUUUUACAAAAAGAGAAAAUAUGACAAAAUUCACAAAUAUUACUGUAAUAAUAAUCUGGUAAAAAAAAUUUACUUUAAAUAUUGACAUCAGUUGUUGCUGUUGAUAUCAGCAUAUGCCAUUGGUGCUUUUAUACACUUUUUUUUUUUUCAUAAUUUUGCUUUCAAUUCAAUCCCCCCCGUAUAGAAACAUGAGGUCAGCCUGUAAUUCAGUUGUGAUUUUUUUAACAGCUAUUUAUCUAACAACACAUUUCCUUCAUCUUUCAACAUCCUCUUCAGAUAUGGUAUUAUGCGUCAGAGCCCUUCUGUCACUCUUUCAAGCAAAGUACAGUGUCAUAAAUGAAAUAUACAGUAGGAGCAGAAUCUUUUAGUUUUGUGUGAUUUGGUACAUGAAUUUUAGCAGGAUGCCAAAGGCGUGUAGUGUGCCAAUUAAGGUAGCAGUCAAAUUGUACAAACUCUGAUUUUAUAUGAAAACAUUUGUAUGAACAAGCUACUUUUAAUUACAGCGGUGCCAGAUAGUCAAAUGCAUAAACUUGACAUGCCAACGUUUCCCUUUAAUUACGGUGUCUUUAACAUAACCUGCAAAAUUUCCAGUCU